CGAGUGCGUCAGCUGGGUUGUUGUGCUUCCGUGUUUGGUCAGUGUCAGUCACUAGAUGAUUUCAGUUGCGUUUUGAGGAGAGUUUUUGAGAUCUCUACUUCGCCGAAAGGACUAUUUCAAAGCUCAAACACAAACUCAACAUUGGUCUGCUGUAUAAACCUUCAAAUCCUCCACAGUAUGGAUGAAUCCCGAGUGUUUGGGUCGAUGUUGGUCUUCCUACUGGUGUGUGUCGCAUUCAGUGCUGCUGUGGCGUCAACAACUACAGCUAAACCUACAACUCGUCCACCUAUUCACAAACCAUGCAACACUUUCACGUCCUGUGAGACCUGCCUCUCCAAUGUUUCGUGUUUGUGGUGCCAGACCAACAGCAGCUGCACAGAUUAUCCCGUGUCGUAUGUGAUUCCGCCGGCGUCAGUGUGUAAACUCUCUCAGGCUCGCUGGGGUGUUUGCUGGGUGAACUUUGAGGCUCUGAUCAUCGCUAUGGCCGUGGUGUCCGGUGUGCUGCUGCUGGCCAUUGCUGUGUGCUGCUGCUGCUGCUGCUGUAAACGCAGACGCUCAUCCAGUUUCGACCGUGAUGAUGAGCAGUUUGCCCGGAGAAGAGAAGAGAUCAGACAGCGAGCAGAUGAGCGGAGGGCGGAGAGGAAGACGAAGCAUGAUGAAAUCCGCAAGAAGUAUGGUCUCAUCCCAGACUCCGACCACCCAUACAGCAAGUUCGAGAACGAGUAAAACCGAGGGAUUGGACGUCCAGCAGCAGCACAGGAAUCGCUUCACAAGAUGCUUCGCUUUGCUCUUUUGAGACACGUCAAAUCAGUUUAGGUUAGAUGAAGCUGGAUAGCUGCCGAAACUGAGAUUAACCUUGUCAACCCUUCCAUUGGUUAGUUAUCUCACUCUAUCUGCUCUGAUUUGACACCUGCUGAAUUCAGAAUCGCAUACUAGUGUACUACUCUUACUACUUUUACCAUGUCUUUCUAUGGCAGAAAUAGUAAGAGCAGUAUACUAGUAUGCGGUUCCGAAUUCAGCAGCUGUUUCUUUUUUCAUUAUUACUCUAAACACGAUAGAAUCACAUUUUAAUUGCUUUAGAAGCAACUGAUGGAAAUGGCCAAAAUGGAGUGAAAUUAUUUUGUUUCUUUGUUUUCUUAUAGAGAGUUUAAGGACAAGUUCACCAAAAAUAGAAAUUCUGUCAUGAUUUACUCACCCUUGCGUCAUUCAAACCUGUAUCUCUUUGAUGCUCAAUUUACAAGAAUCUUCAUGCAGCUCUUUUCUGCAAAACAAUGAUAAGAAGGACAAUAAAUAUGCCAUAAAGUUAGUCCAAAUGAUGUAUAUGCUAUUUUUAUAUUGCUGCUGAAUUCGGAACAGCAUACUAGCAUACUACUCUUACUAUUUCUGCCAUAGAAAAAUAUGGUAAACGUAAUGAGUAGUAUACUAGUAUGCAGUUUCAAAUUCAGCGCAAGUCUUCUGAAGUCAUAUGAUACUUGCUGUGCAGAAGUUUUAUUCACUGAAAAUUCACCGAAGGUCAUUUGUCUUUCCACAUAUUCAAACUUAAGAGCCUCACUGGUGGUAAAGAUGAUCAGUGAACUCUUUUGUUUGCACAAAGAAUCAAAUUAAUUUAGAAGACUUAAAAUAUAGUACAUACAUCAUAUAUAUAUAUAUAGUGUUAUGAUGCUCUCUUUUUGUCACUAUGAUCUAUUCUGCAUGGCAGUAAAUAAUGACAGAGGUUUCAUUUUUCACUAUUCCACUUCUUGAUUCAGUUGUGAUCAAUCAGGAAGCGCCUUUUUAAAUCACUCUGUGAAUGACUUAGUUUGUAUUUAUACUGUGUGUUCUUAUUAAAACAUGUUCUAAUAAAAACAAGCUUCUUCUUUUAAA